AAAUGAGAAAUAGAGAAGAAGAAGAAGAAGAGCCGCGGUGGGUGGCAACUACAGCCCUCGCAGGCACGGCGCAGGAACACACCCUGUCUUUUUCCAACAAGAUGGAUCUUAACCUUUUGCUCAUAGAAUACAAGCAGGAACUCGUCAGAAAAAUGACUGAGUUGAUGAACGCCUCGCGGACCGGCAUCAAAUGGUGGCUGUUGACGCACGUCGACGCGCUGCGAGAAGUGCCUGGGGAAGAUGGUCAAGUUGAGAUCGAGCAUGAACUGAAACAUUUGAGAAGUGGGGAACAGACACUGCACAUUGACGAAUCUUCUGUUGAAGGACAGGUCGAGAAGGCCAUUCUAGAAGUGCUGGCAAACAGCGAAGUGUUGAAUGUCGAGGGCAGUGGGUGGGUUCUUGGGGAGAUUUAUAAAAUCAUCAUAAGAACCGGUCAACAUCAUCCCAUUGUUGGUGCGGGCAGCUACAUGCCCCUCCCCCCCGAGUUGGCAGACAUGAAAAGUCUAAUAAACAUAAAAAAUAAAGACCAGGACUGCUUCCGUCUCAGCGUUAUUGCGGGCAUGGGAAUCGUGCCGAGGCGUGGGCGAAACGUGAAUAGGCCACAACCGUAUGCUGCUCAUGUUCACAGACUUAACACGGAUGGGAUAGACUAUGCUCCAAUGAGACUGGGAGACGUAGCCAAAUUUGAGAUCUUGAAUCCGGACAUAAGUCUCUGCAUUCUCGGUGUGGCAAAGGAUGAGCCGGCCAACGAGUCCAAAAGUUCCAACCCCACUCUUGCUGCUGCAGCGGCCAGGGCUCUUAAGGCUGGUCGUCCUCUCCACGAUCUCGGCAUCGAUGAUGAUGACGAUGAUGAUGGUGACGAAGAUGAUGUGGGUGAUGGUGAAGAUGAAGAUGAUGACGAUGGUGAGGGAGGAAGAGGAGGAAACGGGGGUGGGCGAGACUUUUUCGACCAAGCAGCUCAAGAAGGUUCUCAGAGAAAGAAAAAGAAAAAGAAAAGUACAAAGAAGAAGCAAAAGAAGGGGAAGGAGAAGAAGAAGGAGAAGAAGAAGAAGGAGAAAAUGAAAAUGCCCGACAUUAUUGUAAGGUACUGCACUCCUGAAAAGAAGCAAAACCACGUGACAUUGCUCCUUUUGGAAGAUCGAGAGACGGGUAGAAGUCACUACGUGCUCGUCAAAAAUUUCAAUGCCUUUCUUCGAGGCGUUAGGAAGUCCACCAACAAUGAGAGAUAUUGUUGUUAUUGUUUGGGGGCUGUUUACAAGGGGGCAGGCAAGUUGGCAGAGCAUGAAGAAGCAUGCCGCAAGUUUGGCUUUCAGAGUAUUGAUUAUAUGGAGAAAGCCGGGCCCAUGUCUUUCGACAAGUUCAAGUGGAAAAACAUGCAGAGGACUUCUUAUUCAGUUUAUUAUGAUUUUGAAUCAGUGUUGAUUCCUCUUCAGGACGAUGCGGCCAAUGGCGGCCCCAAAACUCGCCGUACUCAGGAACAUCGCGCCGUGGCCUACUGCAUCGUGGCUUGCAACUGGAAAGGAGAACUCGUGGAGAAAAUCACGCGGACGCAGGAACGGGUCGAUGAGGAUAUGGCGCGUCUUUUCCUGGAAGACCUUGUGGAGCUGGAGGAACGGUUGUGGGACCAACGCCCGGACUAUCCAAUCCACAUGUCCGAGGAGCAGAAGGCACGAUUCGAUGCCGCGACAAACUGCGAGUUGUGUCACAAAUUUUUCGAUGAAUGCGAGGAGGCAGACAGAAAGACGGCCGACCACGACCAUUUGGAACCGAUGCACAGUCUGAGACAUAUUUGUUGCUUUUCUUGUAACGGGAGUAUGAAAAGGGAAACAUUCCUACCCAUAUUCGCGCAUGCGGGCAACCGUUACGACCUCCACCUAAUUUUCCGAGGUCUGAUCAAUAACGAUCUGUUCUCAAAGUCGCGGAUAACAAUCUUGCCGCGAACAACCGACAGCUACCGUUCCGCUACCAUCUACUUGGAGAACGGACGCAAGUUGCUGUUUUUGGAUAGCUAUCAGUUUGUCGCCUCCUCUCUCGAUGAACUCAGCAAGUCACUGAGAGACGACGACCUGCAAAUUCUCAAGGAAGUGUUUCCGGACGAUGAGAAGCGGCGUCUUCUGACGGUGAAAGGGAUCUACCCAUAUGAGUUGGCCGAGGACUUUCAGCAAAUGUUGGAUACUAGAGAGUACCCACCGAGAGAAGCUUUUCACUCGUCUCUCAGCGGUUCUCUGCCCAGUGAGGAGGAAUACCAACGUGGGCGUAAGAUAUGGGACGUCAUGGAAUGUGACUCCCUCAUGACCUACUGUAGGAUUUAUCUUGAAACCGACACCAUCCUGUUGGCCUGUUUCAUGAAUAAGUUCAGGAACAUGAUUUUCAAAAAGUAUACGCUCGAGAUUAAUCACUUCGUAUCAGCAUCGUCGUUGAGCAUGUGUGCCAUGCUAAAGUUUACAAAGUGCAAGGUUGAGAGAUGCACUGACCCCACCAUGAAUGUCCUUUUGACUCAAGCAGCGAGGGGAGGCUAUUCUUCCACGCAUCACAGGUACGCGGAGGCCAAUAUUCCCGGGACGUCGAGCUAUAGGCCUAGCGAACCCGAGAGCCACAUUCUCAUGUUUGACAUCAACGCGGUGAGUUUUUUUUUCCUUUUUUUCUUUCUUCAUGUUGCCAUGUUUGAGGUGCGGUUAAAUAUAUUCACCCCUGUUUGCCUUAUUUUGCAGAUGUACAGCAUGUGCAUGGAAAAGUCACUCCCACUCGGUAAAUUCGAGUGGGUGAGUGGCGAGGAGCUGGAGCAGGUAGACUGGUCCAAGCUGAGUCACGAUGAUGACAAGAUGUAUUUUGCCUAUGUGGACCUUGAAUAUCCCCGAACGCUGCACGAAUCUCACAAUGAAUUCCCAUGCUGUGUGGAACGUGUGAAAGUGCCGGAGGAUUGGUACAGCCCCAUCCAGCGUGAAAUGAUGAAGCGGUGUAAUCUGAAAGGAGCGCAGCUACACACCGAAAAGUUGAUUGCUCAUUUGGGGCCGCGCAAAAACUAUUUGCUGCAUGGAAUGGCGCUUGCCAACUACCUGAAGCUUGGCCUCAAGGUAACUCGCUUCAUAAAGGGCAUCCGUUUCACUCAAGCGCCUUUCCUGAAAGAGUACAUCCAGGAUAUUAUGAAGGAAAGGCAAAAGGCUGAGCAUAAAUUUGAGCAGGCUGUUUGGAAGAUCUUUUCCAACUCCAUAUAUGGACAGCUCCUGAGAAACCCCCGCAAGGAUCGGACCAUCGAACUUUGUAGAACGGCAAAACGAUUUGUAAAGUUAAUGGCAAAACCGACAAGUAAGGGUUUUACCAUCUUUGGCGAGGACCUUGUGGCUGUGGAAAGGCUUCCCACAGUCGUCCGCCUGAACAAUUUGCCCGCAGCUGGGGUGACGGUUCUAGAUUUCUCAAAAUGCUUAAUGAUGGACUUGUAUUGGCGAAUGAAAAAUCAUUUCGGCGAGCGUCAAACUCUCCUGAUGAGUGACACAGACUCGCUUUGCGUGCAUUUGAAGACUCCGAACCUAGUCGAGGAUCUCAGACCGAUUCUCGACAUUUUGGACACUAGCGGGCUGCCGGAGGACCACCCUCUGUACGAUCCGCAGUACGCCCGGGUUCAGGGAAGGCUCAAAAUUGAGUAUGGCAGAUUCAACAUCUUGCGUUUCGCUGGAAUAAGGAGUAAAGUGUAUGCUCUUGAUCUCGAAACGGCGGAGGGUGGUGAGAAAGCCGUAUACAAGUGUAAAGGCAUUCAAAAAAGUGCCUUGGCGCAAAGUGUCCGUUUUGAAGAUUAUAAGAGAUGUAUUUUUGACAAUGUAACAAAAUUUGUCGAGGUUGCCGGCAUAAGGACGGAUGGAAAACAUUCCCUCUACACCAUCAAGCAGAACAAGUCUGGGUUGUCCAAUUUUGACAACAAGAGAUACAUUCUUGAAGACGGCAUCUCCACCAAUGCAUUUUGCUUCAAUCCUCUUCCGCCUUCUCCUCCUCCUCCUUCAUUUUCACCGCCGCCUGCACGGGAAGAGGAGCCCCUCUGGGAAGACAUGAGUGACGAUGUCCUGGCCCACGCCGAACGGCUUCUCAUGGAGAUGUCUAAUGAGGUAAUAAAGAAACUCUCCCUCCUCUUCUUACGUAUACAGCAGCCAGUUCGAGUAAUAAAUUUCAUUUUAAUUGACCUGUGCGUUUCGUUUGUCCAUCCAUAACAGAAGGAGGCGGUAGAGGAGGAGGGAUUCUGGCAAGAGAUGGACGUGGAUGUCUUGGCCCACGUUGAACAAAUCAUUGACCGCUAUGCCCAAGAGUAGAAGAAGAAGAAGAGUGGGUGAGAGAGAGAGAAAGAUAAG